AUGUCACUCGACGGCCAGAGAGUACCCGCUUGGCGCAGACUGGGCCUCUCCCUGAAGCACCAAGACCCGUCCGGAGUCGCCGUGCCUGAAGCUCAACCAUUGCACAACAAUCCUGAGCCAGUCCCGGUCUUUGAUGCACCUGUCGAGCCUGGAAACAAUUACACAUCACCACUCGACGCUCCCGUAAACGGAAAAUCCUUAACGCUUGGCAAGCGAAAACACCAACCGGAGCCAGCUGAAGAUGCCGGCCAGAUCUCGAAGAGGAACAAGACAGAUAUUCCCGAGGUCGAGAAGAUUGGAACGGCCGUUCAGGAAAUCCCCGUCGUCUCAGAAACCGCGCAUGUUACAACUGAUGCGCUCAUUGAGAAGCCUACAUCAGGUGCCGCUCGACCCAAAGGAGAUCCUAAUUAUCGCAAGAAAAAAGAGAAGGUAACCAAACGCAGAAAGGAAAAUGCAAAACCCAAGCCAGCUGUUCCCUCACCCAGUGAGACUGCGAACGCCGUUACGCAGCCAACUUUACUUGCCUCAACAGAGACGGACCACGUGGCGCCAAGCAGUACCCAGAAACCAUCAAAGAAGGAUACCAGCCGCAAAAAAUCUGAUUCAGCAUCUCCAUCUCAAAUCGACCGCCGAAAAUCUGUUGCUUUUACCCCCGACACCAAGACCUCUGACGGGAACAGCGGGCAAGAGCUGUUCAAGAAGUGGGUCGCCGAGCAAAAGGGGACAGGAGAUGUUUCCGCGCCCCCAGCCGUGUCAAAUUUCACUCUUCACUCUUUGAUUGCUGAGGAAGAAAAGGCUGCACGUAAGAACGGGCAAUUGGACAAGAAGGUUGCUGUAGAGGAUACCUCCGUGACGGCUUCAGACCCUGCAGAGAAUACUUCUAUACCUGCAAAUCACACAUCAUCGACGUCAAGAGUGGCCUCUGCAUCUACGCCCUCCCCAAAUACAACAAAGGGCAAGAAGAAGGAUCCAGCUGUUUACAUUUCCUAUCUUACACAGUACUAUUCUGACCGCGAUAACUGGAAGUUCAACAAAGCCAAGCAAAACGACGUGGUUGACAACGCUCUCAGCAUUUUCCGGAUUCCUCACGAACACACCGAGGCUCUCUCAGAGUACUUAACCGGACUCAAGGGUGCUGGUGUCAUUGAGCGAUUACGGGAACGGUGCCUAUCAACCCUGAAGGAAUUGGACGAGCAGGACGCGCAGAAACCCAUGGACGACAUUCAAGCUCGCAAAGUGGCAGAGCAAGAGGCAGAGCACGAACGUAUCAUCCAACAGCGAAAGCGAAGAAGAACGGAAGCCGACGUCGAGAAGUUCAUGCAUCACCCCCACGGCGAUGGCUACAUUCGCCGCCUGCAAAGGAAGCGCGCCGAAGCACUGUUGGCUGCGCUUGGACGAGCUGCACCCAUCCUGCCAGCUGUGAAUCAGCACUCCAGCAUCAAUCCUAUGAUGAAGAGUGUCGCUCCUCUCCAACGAGAUGCACGGAAGCGGAAGCGCAGGACUGAGGUAUCGAGUGAUGAAAGCAGCUCGGAUAGUAGCAGCGACGAGAGCUCCGACUCUGAUUCAGAUUCGGAGUCUGACAGCGAAGAGUCCAAUUCCGGUGAGAGUACCAACAGUGACGCCUCAUCGUCCAGCAGCAGCGACAAUGGCAGCAGCAGCGAUAGCAGUAGCGACAGUGAAAGCGAUUAG